AUGAGGAACCACACGCAGGUGACUGUGUUCAUCCUCCUGGGACUCACGGACGACCCGGAUUUACAGGCUGUGAGUCUCCUCUACACGUCUCCCUCCUAUGUACUGAAUGUCACCGGCAACCUGACCAUUGUCAUCUUCACUUUGCUGGACUCCCGCCUCCACACCCCCCUGAGUCACAGGUCGGCCAUGAGGAAACACACGCAAGUGACUAGGUUCAUCCUCCUAGGGCUGACGGACGACCUGCAGGCGGUGAUUCUCCUGUACAUGUCUGUCACCUACGUUCUGAGCAUCACUGGCAACCUGACCAUCAUCACCUUCACCCUGCUGGACUCCCGCCUUCACACCCCCAUGAACUUCGUCCUGAGCUGCUUCUCCUUCCUGAAGAUCUGCUUCACGUCCACCUGCCUUCCCAGAUUCCUGUCUACCAUCGUCACCUGGAAUAGGUCGGUUUCCUACAACUGCUGUGCAACUCAACAAUUUUUGCUCAUCCUCUUGGGAGUGACCGAGUUCUUCCUUCUGGCUUCCAUGUCCUACAACCGCUACGUCGCCAUUUGCCGGCCUCUAUACUCGUCCUGGUUCCGGGAGCUGACAGCUUUCAUCGUGGCCUUGGGGACGCUACUGGUCACCUUGGUGUUAGUGGCCGUGCCCUACGCAGCCAUCGCCCGCACCAUCCUGAGACUGUCCUCUACUCUGCAGAAGAGAAAAGCCUUUUCCACUUACUCCUCCCACACAGUCAUAGUCUCCAUCGAAUACGGCAGCUGA